AAGCAAAGAGAAGCGAAGAAAAGAAUAGGAAAGAAAAGAAAAGAAAAGAAAAGAAAAGAAGAGGAGAAGAAGAAGAAGGAGAAGAAGAAGAAGAAGAAGAAGGAGGAGAAGAAGAAGAAGAAGAAGAAGAAGAAGAAGAAGAAGAAGAAGAAGAAGAAGAAGAAGAAGAAGAAGGGGAAGGAGAAAAGACAGAGGGGGGGAGUCCGAAGCCUCCGGCAGGCGCCCGUCGCUCUCCUCUCGUCGGCGGCCUGGGUGUGA